CCCGUGGAGAGUUUGAAGAGGAGUGCCAGUAGUGACACUAUCAGUGCCAGUAGUGACACUAUCAAUGCCAGUAGUGACACUAUCAGUGCCAAGUAUCCACUGUAGACAUUCAUAUUUCGUUCCAUCGUGUGUUCAUAGCGACCCGUACGAACCUCUUACCAUAUAUAUCUAUUACCGUUAACAGGUGUGCAAAAAAAAAGAAAGAAAAAAAUACACACACACAUAUAUAUAUAUAUACAGUACACAUUCCCAGGAGACUUGUGUUGGUGGGAGUGGUCAUAGUGUCGUAGAUAAUGUGGACUGGUGCCGCGAAUUAUAUCCCAUCCUGUCGACCAAUUACAGUGCCAGAGAUUGCGUAAUGGUGGUGAAAGUAACGGAAUUAACGACUCUUGAUGUUAAUACAUUCUGACCUCCCCGGUUUCCCCUAAUGACCUGACCUUUCCCAGGGAGAGACUCUCAGGUCAGGCCCAUCGCAUCCCUGCUCAAAGUGUGUGUGUUGUCCUCUUUGAAACUGACUCGAGGCUUCGUGUGUGUGAGUGUGGCUCUCAGGCUUAGUGUGGAGUACUUCGUGUGAGAGUUUCGCUCUUCAUGUGAGUGAUUUGGAGUGCUUCGUUCAAGUGCUUCGCGUGAGUGUGUCGAGCCUCUCAAGUAAGUGGAGCUAGAGAAGGGGUAAGGUUUGGUGCUACUCAGUUAUCGAUUUGCUCAAUAAAGGCGUCCCAUCGACGGAAAUCAAAAUACUGCAUUGCUAGUGUGUGCGUGCGUGGGUGUGUGUGUGUGUGCACGCGCGUGAAUACCUGUCUGAAAAUCCAGUUAUUGGGCCCAGAACCAACCUACCUUCGCUGGGUCUAGAACCGUGAGUGCACCAGGCACCAGGAGAACCAAGAGUGCACCAGGAGAACCAAGAGUGCACCAGGAGAACCAAGAGUGCACCAGGAGAACCAAGAGUGCACCAGGAGAACCAAGAGUGCACCAGCCAACAGAGACAACCGAAGGUGCACCAAGAGGCUACGAGAAGCCAGAGUGGUGCCCUAGACGACAGGUUAGAGUCCAUUACAUAAAGCUGUUGAUGUACUACAAAAAGCCGGGGGUGCACCAGGAGAACCUUGAGUGCAAUGAGUGCACCAACAGAUACAUGAGUGCAGCAGGAAAGCAGUGAGUGCACUAAGAGAGUCGUGAGUGCACCAAGAGAGUCGUGAGUGCACCAAGAGAGUCGUGAGUGCACUAAGAGAGUCGUGAGUGCACCAAGAGAGUCGUGAGUUCACCAAGAGAGUCGUGAGUACACCAAGAGAGUCGUGAGUGCACCAAGAGAGUCGUGAGUGCACCAAGAGAGUCGUGAGUGCACCAAGAGAGUCGUGAGUGCACCAAGAAAGUCGUGAGAGCACCAGGAGAGUGGAGAGUGCAUCAGGAGAGUCGUGAACGCACAGAGUUGUGAGUGCACCAAGAGUUGUGAGUGCACAAAGUCGCGAGUGCACCAAGAGUUGUGAGUGCACAGAGUCGUGAAUGCACCAAGAGUUGUGAGUGCACCAAGAGUUGUGAGUGCACCAAGAGUUGUGAGUGCACCAAGAGUUGUGAGUGCACAAAGAGUCGUGAGUGCACCAGAAGUGUCGUGAGUGCACCAAGAGUUGUGAGUGCACAAAGAGUUGUGAGUGCACAAAGAGUCGUGAGUGCACCAAGAGUUGUGAGUGCACAAAGAGUUGUGAGUGCACAAAGAGUCGUGAGUGCACCAAGAGUUGUGAGUGCACAGAGUCGUGAGUGCACCAGAAGUGUCGUGAGUGCACCAAGAGUCGUGAGUGCACAAAGAGUCGUGAGUGCACUAAGAGUUGUGAGUGCACAAAGAGUUGUGAGUGCACAAAGAGUCGUGAGUGCACAAAGAGUAGUCAGUGCACCAAGAGUUGUGAGUGCACAAAGAGUCGUGAGUACACAAAGAGUCGUGAGUGCACAAAGAGUCGUGAGUACACAAAGAGUCGUGAGUGCACAAAGAGUCGUGAGUGCACCAAGAGUCGUGAGUGCACCAAGAGUCGUGAGUGCACCAAGAGUCGUGAGUGCACCAAGAGUCGUGAGUGCACAAAGAGUCGUGAGUGCACCAAGAGUUGUGAGUGUACAAAGUCGUGAGUGCACCAGAAGUGUCGUGAGUGCACAAAGAGUCGUGAGUGCACCAAGAGUUGUGAGUGCACAAAGAGUCGUGAGUGCACAAAGAAUCGUGAAUGAACCAAGAGUCGUGAGUGCACAAAGAGUCGUGAGUGCACCAGAAGCGUCGUGAGUACACAAAGAAUCGUGAGUGCACCAAGAGUCGUGAGUGCACAAAGAGUCGUGAGUGCACCAAGAGUUGUGAGUGUACAAAGUCGUGAGUGCACCAGGAGAGUCGUGAGUGCACCAGUAGAGCAGCGACGUCAACUAGAAGCUUGAGCAGCAGUUAGUGCACGGCGCACUAGCUCACCAGGCGGCAGACAGCGGUGCACCGUGCACCAUAGUAAACGUGAAUGAACAAAGCAGCUCGGGAAACUGGCAAUGCAUCAAGCAGCAAGACAUCGCGCGGCAGUGCACCAGGCAGCAGGGCGCCCGUGAGUGCACCAGGCGGCAGUGCACAUAGCAGCAGUUCACCAAGCAGCAGCAAGGGUUGCCACGAGUGCAAGAAGCACCAGUGCUCCAAGCACCAGUGCACCAAGCACCAGUGCACCAAGCAUCAAUGCGCCAAACAGCAGUGCACCAGGCAACAAUGCACUAGACAGCAGUGCACGAGGGAGCAGUGCACCAGGAAGCAGUGCACCCGGCAACAGUGCACAAGACAACAGUGCACCAGUCAACAGGGGCAGCCGUGAGUGCGCUAGGCAGAGGGGGAGGAGGGGGGGACGAUGUGAGUGAAUCAAGAAUCAGGGAAAAGUUAUAGAGUGCACAGGUAGCAGGGAAAGCCGAGAGUGCACCAAGCAACAGGGAACUACAAGUGCAGGAACUAAGAGUGGUGGUCAUUUGUGUAUCGGGAGGAGCAGUCAGUGCACCAUCCAGCAGGCCGCGAGUUCACCAGGAAGGGUAACGGUGCGACUGACAACAGUGCACUAUCCAACAGAGGACGCGUGAGUGCACUAGCCAUCAGGAAAGCCGUGAGUGCACCAAGCAACGGGGGAACCGUGAGUGCACGAGGCAGGACGGGUGUGAUCACGGCUCCACUAUGCAGUGUGGGCGGCGGUGAAAAAGUGGCCCUGCCAUGGCCACAGUGGCCGUGGGCUGAGGUGGCCCGGGGGCGCCAUGGAUGCCGGCCCCUGGCAAGGAUUCAGAAACGCCAUUCUGCGACUGUGGACGCGGCGCGACGCCACCAGGGAUGACGCCAAGGAAGGCCAUUCCUCCGCAUCAAGGGAGACUAUGACGGCGGGAGGCGAGACGGCGCCCGUGGCCACCGUGUCACAUUCCGUGGCUACCGUGUCGCAAUCCGUGGCCACCGUGUCGCAAUCCAGCCUGCCGCCCCUGCCCGUGCCCGCCCCGCCAGUCAGGACGCCGACCCUCCGUCUGCGACCCCCGGGGGAGGCGGCGCCACUGGAGGAAGUGGAAGAAAAUGGCGGCGAACAGGAUGCGGAAGCCAGCGUGUGCAAGGCCCAGGAACAACUGGAUACUUUGAUACGUAACCGUGGGUACCUCGUCAAGGAUCACAUCCCCAGGAAGGUUCUGGAGGAGCAGGUGAUGGAGAACAUCCGCAGGAGGGAGAGGAUUGCCAGGAUACUGCGUCAUGAGGAAUUACCUCCUGCUGUGGUACCCCUCAGUCCUGGUACCAUCGCCGCCGCUGCCCUCAUCGCUGCAAGGGAGCCGCCGCCCCCGCCUGAUCACCAUCUUCCUCCAGAAAGGUCGGCUGAGAUGAUGAACCUGCUGACUAAGGUG